CCGGCCGGUCCUCGCCCCUCCCCCUAGGGCUGCGCUGAGGCUGUUACGCAUUAAGCCGGCGCCGCGGGGAGAGGAAUCUCACCGCGCCUGCGCGAAAGGGCACGCAUGCGCAAAAGAACGAGCCCGCUGACAGAUUUGCGGCGGCAGCGGCGGCGACGGCCCUGGCCCUGGACUGCGGGGAAUGGGAGUCCUAGGUCUCUGAGCGCCGCCCCCGCCUCCCUGCCCCCGACAUGGCUCAGGAGAAGAUGGAGCUAGACCUGGAGCUGCCUCCGGGUACUGGCGGGAGCCCGGCGGAGGGCGGCGGCACUAGCGCCGGCGGGGGCCUCAGGAGGUCUAACAGCGCCCCCCUGAUCCACGGCCUCAGUGACACUUCGCCGGUGUUCCAGGCCGAGGCGCCGAGCGCCAGGCGGAACAGCACAACGUUCCCGAACCGCCACGGCCUGCUGCUGCCGGCCUCCCCCGUCCGCAUGCACAGCAGCCGCCUGCACCAGAUCAAACAGGAGGAAGGCAUGGACUUGAUCAACCGAGAGACGGUCCACGAGCGCGAGGUGCAGAACGCAAUGCAGAUAAGCCACUCCUGGGAGGAAAGUUUCAGCCUGAGUGACAACGAUGUGGAGAAGUCCGCCUCCCCGAAGCGCAUCGAUUUCAUUCCGGUGUCACCAGCACCGUCACCCACCCGGGGGAUCGGGAAGCAGUGUUUCUCACCAUCCUUGCAAAGUUUUGUGAGUAGCAAUGGAUUGCCUCCAAGUCCUAUUCCCAGCCCAACGACUCGAUUUACCACCCGGAGAAGCCAGAGUCCCAUCAACUGCAUUAGACCAAGCGUUCUUGGACCAUUGAAAAGAAAAUGUGAAAUGGAAACUGAGUAUCAGCCAAAGAGAUUUUUCCAGGGCAUCACCAACAUGCUUUCUUCUGACGUUGCACAGCUGUCAGAUCCCGGUGUGUGUGUAUCUUCCGAUACCCUUGAUGGAAACAGUAGCAGUGCCGGAUCUUCUUGUAACUCACCAGCGAAAGUCAGCACUACCACCGACUCUCCUGUGUCGCCUGCCCAAGCGGCCUCUCCAUUUAUUCCAGUAGAUGAACUUUCAUCUAAGUGAUUCACCCACCCAUCUGAGACUCGGGGUGUGUUUUUUUUGCAAUGGAGAGAAAAAUCAAGUUGGAGCAAGCACUGAACUUUGUCAAUUAAUUUGAGGCUCUUUCCUAUCUGACCCUUUUCCUUUUUUUGGAAUUUCCUGAAAUGUUGUUAUUCUAGAGAACUUUUAUGUCAGGUUCCUGCGGGAUGCCCUUGAAUUCAGUGUAGUAAUAUUUUCAGACGUUUUCCCAAUAAGUGUGUUGAAGCAUACGUCUUUAUGCUGCUAAUAUGUUUAAAUACAUAUGUUAUCCCUUGAUUUUUUAAAAUAAUUGAGAGCUCUAUUUAUUUAUGGGAUUAUUAAGUUCUGAUGCAAAUAUAAAUGUUGAAUUAAUCAGCAUAGUAAACUGAUGUUUUAGAAUUCCAUAUUUCAUGCCCACACUAAUUUUUAAUAUUACUUUUCAGUGAUUGCCGAUUUCUAUUUGAAGAAUAACUUACGUAUUUACAGCAGUUUUUUAAAAAGAAUGUUAGUUAUAACACAUCAACCCAGUGGUUGUCUCUUUUACCCAGGAGUCCUUGCAUAUUUAAUUUUCUGGGUACAUAAGUGGCUGGGAGGGGGAAUGAUGAGCAAAAUAUAAAAGCUUGCAACAAGUCUUUUAAAAUUAUAAAAUAGUAAACAUUUAAGAAAAGCAUUUUCUAAUGAAAUUUUAAUGGAAAUUCUAAUUAGUCAUGCAAAUGUCGCUACAGAAAAGUUAAAAAAAAAAAAUUUUUUUUUUUUUUUUUAGACCAGAAAGUGCAUUCUCUCGGGUAUAAUCCUGAAGUGACACGGGCCAGUGCCUUGCAGUCUCAGCCCACUGUACAUAGGCUGAGACCAGGUUCUUUGUACCACUGCAAACUUAAAAGUUUUUCAAACAUAGAAAACGUGGGAAGCUCUGUUGGACUUCACCAGGGCCCCCAGGCAGAUAAAAGUCUCUCAUUGAUUGACACGCUUUAAAAUAUCCAGUUGUGCCUCAGUGAAAAUCCUUGCCACCAAGGAGCCAGAGCAACUUUUGGCCACCUUUCUGUCCUGCCCAUCUGUCACCUUCCGGGUUUUCCCUGGCUCGGGAGGGAAGCAGCUGUUUCCUUGCCAACAGGUCCUUCCCCCCCACCUCCCAACGAACUAGGGCAUCAUCGGUUAGACAGAGGUACAGUGUAACUUGGAUUUCUGACAGUGAGCAACCACAGAACUGUGGGGUCAUGUCAGGAACCUCUAGUUAAAGCUGUAGCUGGAGUCGACUGCCUUGGGAUUGCCGACUGAUUCAGGGUCAGUGAUGUGCAAGAGAAAAAUCAGUGGAGAGUCACGUAGGUAAAUCAUUGCUUAACUUAGGUUUCGUUUAGGUAGAGUUCUGAAAUGUUCUUUUCCUUGCCUUGUUACAACUAAGACAAAAUACGGAAAUAUUUAAUAACAAACGUUUCUAUAUUAUACUUCCUAUAUCUUCCUUUACUGGAUAGAUAGAAAGAAUGGCAGCAAAAGGGGAAGGGGAAAAAAUAAAAGAGAGACCAAUACAAAAAGCUCCGACUUUCUUUAAGUUAACUGCUUACAGAGACUUUUAACGAUUGUGUGGAAUUUUUACAGCUAUGAGAAUAAAUGGAACUGGUCAACUUUUGAAAGUUGCCUUAAGAAUUCAGUGAAAUUAUGUCAAGGGUAAGAUUGUUUAUAUAGGCUUAAAAUUCUCUGUUCUGGGUAAUAGUUCACAUGCUUCAGUCUUGAUCUUGUUCCUCAAAUUCAAACCUAUAUAUCCAACUUCCUGUUGGGUACCUUAACCUGCUUCCAGAGGUACUUUAACCUCAGCAUCUCCAAAACAGAAUUUAUCAUCUUCUCAUUGAACCUGUUCUUGAAUUACCUAAAUUGAUGUCCUCACUCUCUGAUUUUCUAAACUAGAAACCAUGAGAAGCAUUUUUGACUUUCCCUUUUUCCUGUCACAUCCAGCUUAAUCACUUAAGUUCUGUCUACUGAAAUGCAUCUCCAGCCUCUCCUCUUCUCUAUUUCUUUUGCCUCUGAUUGAGUUUAUGUUCCAGCCUAAGGUGGUCUCCUCACCCAUUUUCUCACCCUCCUUUUGACCCAGUCUCCACACGGCCUCCGAAGUGAUCUUUGUCAAGUAGAAAACUUGCUUUGUUUUCACCUUCCUGCUUGAAAACUUCCUUUGCUUCCCCAUUUCCCACAGUUUAGGGAAUGCUUUCUCUAGCCUGGCAUGUAAUAAGGUCCUUCAUGAACUGGCCAUCCUGGAAAACCACUGUACAACUCUGCUUAUCCUAUCCCAAUACACAUCCUUCUCACUCUGCAAACACUAGACUACUUGAUGGCCCUUAAAUAUGCCAUGUACUUUCAUGUGUUCGUGCCUUUGGAUGGAUUGUUCCUUCUCUUUAAAAUGCCAUUCCUAUCCUUUUCAGCCAGGCAAAUGCUUUGGUUCUUUUUAUUGCCUGUUAAUUUUAACUAUGAAAGAAUGUAUACCUGCUGAUUAUAAAAAUAUUUAAACAAUGCAGUUAUCUGUGGAGUAAAAAAAUGAAAGUCUGCCGUUUACUAUGUAAAAUUCAUCUUCCCUUCCCCUAGGUAAUUUCUGUUAAUUCAGUAUAUAUUGUAUAAGGUGUUUUACUCCUCAUUUCCACGUAUAUCUGUAUAUAAAUUCAGGAAACCAACAUGUCAUUGACAUCUCUUUUCCUUUCUUUCCUCCUGUCUUCACCAAGUCUUAACUGAUUUUCUCUUCCAGAAUCUGUCACCUUGUCUUUUUCUAAACUGCCACCCUGACCUAGGCUUCCAUCAUUUUCCUCUUAGACUUCCAAAGUAGCCUCCUAAUUCCCACUUGUCCCUGCACCACUCACUCUGGUUGGCUAUCCAUUCGUUCUCCAUACAGCAAGCAACUACAGUAAUCCUUUUAAAAUUGCACAUGUGAUCCUUCCAUCCCCUAGCUUAAAGCUUUUCAUUUGCUUCCUGGUGUACCAAAUUGUAUUGAUUCUGGCCCAGGAGGCCCUAAGGGAUCUGACCCUUGGUGCUCUGUCCCCUUGUUUUCUGUACCCCAUUCUCACUGGCCUGCUUUCUUGUUAAAGACAGCAUCUUCUCUGCUAUUUUAUGGUCCUUUUGCCAGAUCGUUUUUUCUGAAAGUAUAGGGAAACCUUUAUUUCUCUAAGCUUAUUUUUCUAUAUGGUUGGUAAAUUUUAAAUCAGAUGUAGCUGUAAGAGUUUAUAGAGACCAUUUACAUUAUCACAUUCUUGUUCGUAACGUUAGUCAUCACUUUGUAAAAUGUGAGGACUUAGCUCAUGUAAGAAUUAUCCUUCAAAGAAACAUGUUUAAGGUAUUAGUAUUGCUGUGCUAUAAACUUUGUGCUCCAAGUCCCAAAGCACCUAUCAACAUUUAGUUAAAGUUCAGUCUUAUGUAAGAAACGUCUAUGGUAUAGUUCCCUUUAUUAUAUUUGUGAAAAACAAUGAAAAUGGAAAAAAUAAUGAACGGUCACCAAAUACGUAGAUGUUGGGUGUCCCAACCUAUAAACAUACUUAAAAGAUUGCUUAUAAUCAAGAAUAAUCUGUAUCACGUUGUGUCCCAGUGAUUCACGUUUAUUACGUUAGGUCAACAGGUCACACUCCUACAGCAAGAGACCACUCUUAGAUAUUUGGCAGUAAGGUGGGGGAAAGUGUCAAGGCUUAUAAGGGAAACAGAAUUAGGGAUUUUUUUUUUUUUUUUUUUUUUUUGUAUAGCCAUGUUUAUAGAGGAGUAGGAAACGUUUGAAGAUCCAAGAGAGAGGUGGGAGACGGGAAUAGUUGCCAGAACAACAAACCAAGGAAGAUGUAACUUCUAUUUCCUGAGUAGCCUCAGCAAAUAGAAGAAGGGGUUGGCCUGAGAAAGGAGGUCUGAAGGCAGAAAGAAGAGCAGAAAGGCUAGGCAAAGAUACCAGUACCUGCCGAAUUGAUUUGCUCUUGCAGAAGUUUAUGGGUGGGGAAGAAGGUAUCUGAAAAGUAGAAAGAACUUGUAUCUGAUUGCUUCUUUUUUUCCAAUUAUCAGGUAGUCUAGGAUAUUCAGGGGCGGGCGGGAGUAGAUUCAGAAGCUUGAGCAAAGGAAAGAUUUAAUGUUGCCUCUGUGAAAUUCCAUAAAGCAGUGACUUAAGGUCAAGAGGAAGGUUUAUGAGGCCACAUUGGAUGGCUGGUUGCAGUUGGAUGGCAGGUGCAAAAGAAAUGGGUUGGAUUGACCUAGGUUUGGGCAUUGGUUAAGUAGAUCUGGGUUGAGUCCAGUGUUUGAAGCAAUUAAAGCUUCUGCUAAAAGUGUAGCUGAAUUGCUGGCUGGGGCCUUGAGGAUGGUAAGAGAAGUCAGCAGUGGGUGAUGGAUGAGGCCCCUCUCUUCACGGCCUUGCUUACGAUCAGCCAUGGCAGUGCACACAGAGAAUCGGACCUCACUGCAUAACUCUCGCUUCAGCUUUGCCCGUAUUUUUCACGGCUCGUUUUGUUUUGUUAGAGAAUCGAUCCUAAAU